CACGAUCAGCAAGUGUGCACAACGCUUAGGCAAGUGUGGAGCACUAGGGAGAAUGGGAUAAGGAGAAACCGCACUGUAUACGUUGUAUAUAACAAGUCCAAUGUGAGAGAGGGGUGGCGGUGUGAUGUGUGAAGGGUGUUUUGUGGCUCGGCAGAGUUCAAGUCCCUAAGAGGGAGAUUGAUGUGUCCGUUCUCUCCCCCCAACCACGAAAACACUUGUCAUGCUCUUUGGUGACGAGGAGGAGGUCAGUA